AUGUACCUCCACACGCUCACCCUUAACAUCGGGUCCAGUCUGCAUUCCUUUGUCCUGGAUACUGGCAAUGGCUCAUCGCUAAGGGCAUUGGAUCAUAGCGACGACCAGGAGUUGGCCAAGAGUCUUCAUCGUAUGGAGCGACCCACAUUGCCAUUGUGGAUGAAGAAAGAGAUUGCCAAGUAUGCGCUUCAGCCAGAUGCUCUCGAGGAAGCCCUGAGUCAUGGUUGGGCACACUUCUCAAUAGACCACAGCAACGACCCUGAUGUACCAGCCCCAGAUGCGCUAAAGAAGUUCCAGUUCCGGCUCUACUCAACCAUUCUCACUAUUUGGACGCUAUACCGGGACCAUACCGAGGAUCUCCAACAGGAGCAAUCGGAGGCAUUUUACGCGUUGAGAGUUUGGAACGCUUUGGUGGAUGGGCUCCUGAAGAAUGUCCCAGACAUCAAGAUCCUCAGAGGCGAGAGGUGCUCUCAGUCGUCUUCGGUGCGCAAAAACGAGGAUCGUGACCUGGAAAGCAAGAAGGCUCUCGGACGACGAAUCGAUGGAAUCUUUAUCUCACGGAAAUCCAAGCUGGAAUUUGGGGUGAUUGAGGGUAAUAGGGAGAGAGAGGGUGCAACUGGCACCAAGACCUUAAUGGAUACCCGCAAGUUGGCCAAGCUCUUAAAGGACAUGAUGAAUCACAUCUUCCAGGCUUCAUUGAAGCUCGACCAAUUGUCCACCAAGAUUGAGAUGGUUGGCAUGCUGCAGUCAAGUCUGCGAGUCGAUUUUGUCUCCCUGGAUCAGAUUCAAGGCCGUUUCUCCCUACAAUUCCAUCCACUUCGGAGAACCAACGCAUUCUCGCGAUUUUAUUACUGGUGA